GUAACCGUUUAAAGAAGUGGCCACUAGGGGGCAGUGUUUUCUACAGCCUGCUUAUUUUUUCACUUCCGCAGUCGAAGAAACCCGGAAGUAAACACGAGCAGCAGAUUGUUGUGAUCCUGCAUUGAGAAAGAAUGGCGGACGAGGAUGAUGAGACCGGCUUCGAGGAGGAGAUGGAGGACGGGUCCAGUGGGAUGGAUAUGGGCCACGGGAAGAGAAAGAGGCUCUUCUCCAAGGAGCUCCGCUGUAUGAUGUACGGGUUUGGAGACGACCAGAACCCCUACACAGAGUCCGUGGAUAUCCUGGAGGAUUUGGUGAUUGAGUUUAUCACGGAGAUGACCCACAAAGCCAUGUCUAUAGGGCGCCAGGGCCGCGUCCAGGUGGAGGACAUAGUUUUCCUGAUUCGGAAGGAUCCCAGGAAGUUCGCCAGAGUGAAAGACCUCCUGACCAUGAACGAGGAGCUGAAGAGGGCCAGGAAAGCUUUCGACGAGGCAAACUACGGCUCCUAACCUGGAUAAGGGACUAUUUUUAAGUUCAGUUUCACUCGGCGGUUCAUUUCUUUUAUUUUCAUACACUUUAUCGUAAAAUGUUGUCCCAACGACGUACUGAGAGAACUUGGACAAACUGUAGUUAUUUUCACCUUGAACUGACAUAAAAUAAGAUUCUCUCCUUGCAUUGCAUCUAAAUAGGGAUUGAAUCAAACCACGCCAUUUUUUGCCAAUGUUUAUUUUUUUUAUCAAAAGAAGGGCCUUCUGGAUUUCAGGGCCAUCGUAAGUUUGAGUCAAUACCUGGAAAAAUAACAAUAAAGGUCUUUGUCUCCAUCAA